UUGGAAUAGUUGCUUCCAGCCAGCCAGGGAGCUGGCAACUUGGCAGGAGCUGGUCCUGGAGUGGAUCCAGAGGGUUGGUAUGGAAAGACUGACAACUAGGGGACCACCUGGCCAUCCUCACCAGGGGGAGGCCUCUGCCUGCUGGCAGCUCACUGUGAGGGUCCUGGAGGCACGGAACCUGGGCUGGACUGACCUGUUGAGCCAGGCAGACCCCUAUGUGACCCUGCAGUUGCCAACCGCACCUGGAACAAAGUUCAAGACCAAAACGAUCACCAACUCCAGCCAUCCUGUAUGGAAUGAGACCUUCAGUUUCCUAAUCCAGAGUCAGGUCAAGAAUGUUCUGGAGCUAAAUGUCUAUGAUGAGGACUCAGUCACGGAGGAUGAUGCCUGCUUCAAGGUUCUCUAUGACGUCUCAGAAGUCCAGCCAGGUGAGCUGCUCCGGAAGACCUUCUCCCUGUGUCCCCAGGGACAGGAGGAGCUGGACGUGGAGUUCUUGCUGGAAAAAACGUCAGACUGCCCAGAAAACCUCAUCACCAACAACGUCCUUGUGGCCCGAGAGCUGUCAUGCCUGGAUGUCCGUCUGGACAGUGCCGAGAGCACAGCCCAGGUCACAGAUGAGGAGCAGCUGGAGCUGGAGCUGGUGCUGAAGGGGUCAUAUGAGGACACGCAGACAUCUGCCCUGGGUACGGCCUCUGCCUUCCGCUUCCAUUACCUGGCAGCCCAAGAGACAGAACUGAGUGUGCGGCUGAGGAGCUCUGAAAACAAUGACUGGAAUUCAGACAAGUCAGCUGGGCACCUCACUGUGCCCCUGAGGUCCUUGGCCAUGGGGAAGGAGGUGACUGUUAACGUUCCUGUUAUAAAUACCCCAGGAGUGAGGCUGCAGCUCAAGGCUGAGGGCUGCCCUAAGGAGCUGGCUGUGCGCCUGGGCUAUGAUUUGUGUGCCGAGGAGAAAGCUUUCCUGAGCAGGAGGAAACGAGUGGUGGCCAGAGCCCUCAAGCAGGCCCUGCAGCUGGACAGAGACCUACAGGAAGAUGAGGUCCCUGUUGUGGGCAUCAUGGCCACAGGAGGAGGUGCCCGGGCCAUGACCUCUCUCUACGGCCACCUGUUGGCCCUGCAGAAGCUGGGCCUCCUGGACUGUGUGACCUACUUCAGUGGCAUCUCAGGCUCUACAUGGGCCAUGGCCCACCUCUACGGGGACCCUGAGUGGUCACAGAAGGACCUUGAAGGACCCAUCAAAUAUGCCAGGGAGCACCUGGCCAAGAGCAAGCUGGAGGCCUUCUCCCCAGAGCGCCUAGCAAGCUACCGCCAGGAGCUGGAGCUGCGGGCCAAGCAGGGCUACCCCACAACUUUUGUGGACCUGUGGGCUCUCGUCCUGGAGUCUAUGCUACAUGGCCAGGUGAUGGAUCAGAAGCUGUCGGAACAGAGAGCAGCACUGGAGCAGGGCCAGAACCCUCUGCCCCUCUACUUGAGCCUCAAUGUCAAAGAGAACGAUCUGGAGACCCUCGACUUCAAGGAGUGGGUGGAGUUCUCCCCCUAUGAGGUCGGGUUCCCGAAGUACGGAGCCUUUGUCCCUACGGAGCUCUUUGGCUCCGAGUUCUUCAUGGGGCGGCUGAUGAGGAGGCUCCCGGAGUCCCGCAUCUGCUUUCUGGAAGGUAUCUGGAGCAACAUUUUCUCCCUGAACUUGCUGGAUGCCUGGUACGACCUCACCAACUCUGGUGACACCUGGAAGCAGCACAUCAAGGACAAGAUCAGGAACCUGGAGGAGUCUCCUGCCUCCUUGACGACCUCCUCAUGGCUGUCGGCCUCAUGGCUGGAACCUGGAACGGCCCUGGCCAAGGCAUUUAAGGGCUUCCUGACAAGCAGGCCACUCUACCAGCACAGCUGCAACUUCCUCCGGGGCCUCCAACUGCACCAGGAUUAUUGUAGCCACAAAGAUUUCUCCACUUGGGCAGACUGCCAGGUAGACUCCACCCCUGGCCAGCUGACCCCUCAGGAGCGGCUCUGCCUGGUAGAUGUUGGCUACUUCCUCAACACUAGCUGUCCCUCCAUGUUCCGGCCAGGCCGAAGGCUGGACCUCAUACUCUCCUUGGAUUACUCCCUCUCCGCACCCUUUGAGGCCCUGCAGCAGACUGAGCUAUACUGCCGGGCCCUGGGACUGCCAUUCCCUCGAGUGGACCCCAGCCCUCAGGACCAACGCCAGCCGACAGAGUGCCACCUCUUCUCGGACCCCACCUGCCCUGAUGCCCCUGUCCUGCUGCACUUCCCGCUGGUCAACGCCUCCUUCAAGGACCACUCAGCCCCUGGUGUCCAGCGCAGCCCUGCAGAGCUCCCAGCCAGCCAGGUGGAUCUCACUGGGACCACCUCACCCUACUACCUGUUCAACAUGACCUAUAAGGAGGAGGACUUUGAUCAUCUACUGCAGCUUAGUGACUACAAUGUACGGAACAGCCAGGGCGCCAUUCUGCAGGCCUUGAGGACUGCCAUGGAGCACCGGGCCCUGGGCACCAGGCCUCCAACAGCGAGGAAUUGAGGCUGCUCAGGGACCCCAGCGCUUUGAUGACCCUCCAGGGGCUAGGGCCUUAACCCAAGCACAGCUGGGUACAGCCACAGCCCUCACUGGGCUGGAGUUCCCGGGCUGUCCAGGCCUUGGCCUCUUCUGCAGUGGGUCUCACGGCCCAGACGGGCUGCUUGGUACCCCAAGUUCUCCCUUACUUUCAUCACUGGCUUGGGAGGAGCUGAAAGUAACUCCUCACCAGAUCAGUGUGUAGAAUAUCUGGUCCGACCAGACAAAUGUUUACAUGUGAUUACUUUCCUGCCAGGCAAAACAGAUUUGGGGUACAAGCUGCAGGUGUCAGACCAGGAGUGGGGGCAGGCAGGGCAGGGCAUGGCCUGACCGAGAGGUGGCUCCAGACAUCAGGCAUCAUCAUGCUGUGUCCUGAGAAUCUCCUCUUCAUCCCCUCCUCCUCUCCUCGCUCUUCUAUUAUCUUUAAGCAACUUUAGUGACGUGUAAUCCACAUACCACAUAAUUUGUCCAUCUAUAGAGUACAACUCGAUUGCUUUUACUAUGUAUUCACAGAGUUGUGCAAACCUCCCCACGGUCAUUUUGAGAUUUUCAUCACCCCAAAAAGAAACCCUUCACCCCUUAGCUGUCAACCUCAACCCUCCCUCCCGAGCCCUAAGCAAUGACUAAUCUACCUUCUGUUUCUAUAGAUUUGCUUAUUGUGGACAUUUCCUAUAAAUGGAAUUAUACAAACA